AUGAUGUUCAAAUCUGCCGCCCUUCUUGUUACCUUUCUCCCAGCCCUUGCCUGGUCUUGCGCUGUAUACGACUUCUGCCUUUGUCAAAAUGCCGACAACAGUUUCAACGAUGAAAUUACGAAGAAGGCUUGUGCCAACUUCGGAGGAAACUAUCUGAAAUUUGAUGAUGGUCGCCACUACUGCGGUGCCGGAUCAGCUGGAGCUGGUAUUGGUGGAGUGCAGCCACUGUUGUUGCAAAACUGCCGCUUCAAGACGGCGUGCAACAACUACGGUGCUGCUGGCGACUCCAACUGCUGGGGAAAGGAGUGGAAGUAG